ACAGAGACGGUUACGAGCAUCUCGACAAAAUCUGUGAAAAGACUAAACGAUAUAAGACUUCAUCUUCAUCUACAAUCAUGAAAACGGCUCGGAUCUACGAGGAGCAGACGAAGAUUCUCGUCAAAACACACAUGGAGGAACUGCACUAUGCAGAAGCCGCUGAGAUGCUGAACAGGAACCUGACGCUGUUACAGAAUAAGAUCACGGAGAUCUUCAGAAGAAUGCAGAUGUACCACAGACAAACUGAGGAGCAGAUCGAUAAAAUCCAAAAGUUAGAGGUGGACAUGGAUAUCAAACUCCGUGCGUGCAAAGGCUCAUGUAAGCAAACCUUUGACCAUGUGCCCGAUCAUCAGAUGGUCAAAUCGAUGCAGGACGACAUGGCCACGUUCCACAUGACCUCCAUAAAACACAACACAUUUACCUUGGACAAAAAACUCAGACUGCGACCUCAGGUUUCUCUUACCUACAGAAAAUUACCUUUCGUCUACUCGAAGCUGCUCACAAAAGUUCGAGGACAUCGAACAAAAUCAGGUGGUGGUGAACGAGUUCCUGCAGGAGGUGUGGAACUCUGAUGGAGAAUCAGACUCUUAACAAAAAACAGACAUGAGGGACUCUGACGUGAAUAAUGAGGGACUCUGACGUGAAAAAUAAAUAAUAAUAUAUUAAAGUUCACAACAUUCACAAAAA